UCUUACCCAUCCCGUCAUACACAAUCCGACAAUACCCCAUAAAAGUGUAUAGAACAAUUUCUGGGGAAGUUUUUUUUUGCACGACGCACUGUAUAUGUCACGGUCGUUCAUUUGUGGUCGUCAUUCUAUCAAGAUUAGCAAAGCAGUGUACUCUGAAAGCCUCCAUUUUCCAUCCAUCGUCCACGUGUCUUACUGAGCAGAAAAUGGCCUCGACUAAUCUAACCAGCGCUAUGCAGUCGACGCUGAACUCGGAAUGAAAUUAUUGCUCCGACCCCCAUGGGCAUCGCUUUUGACGUCCAACUAAUCAUAUCCGCAUCUCAGCUGUCUGAUGUCGGAAUUGACCAGAUCGACAGAGAGGCCAUCACUUUAUUAAAACACCCCGACAGUUUCUGCACAACCUUGACGCAAAUUGCAGAAGAAGGUUUAUCAGCCUCCAAGAAAGCGCAUGGUAACAUGCAACGCAUCCAGUACAAGAUGGAACGGGUUUUAACAGAAGUGAAGAAUUGCAUGGAACACACAAGGAGAAGUGAACCCGUGGAGGAAGACGACCCCAAAAAAUUAUUGCUCAAACUCCUGGAGAGAAUAAAAAAAGCUGCCACAAAAGGAGACAAACUAAUCCAAGAAGUUUGCGAUGUUUUCGAUGCCAUGGUGAAGCUGGUAGGCCAAGUAAUAUGUGCUAUUACAGCAAGCAAACGUGCCAAAAAGAUGGACAUAAAGAAGAUUGAGAACCAAAACGAGGAAAAGAUUAAGGAUUUGGAACGAGUGGAAGCAGACGCCGAAAAGAAAAUGGAAGAUAAGAUUGAAAAGGAAGUAGAAGAAUGUAAAGCAAAUCUCCAGGAGAAGGCGGAAUACAUGGACGCGAUACGCGAAAGUAAUUUCAUUGAUUUGCUCCAUAUGGUAGGCAUGCAGGGCAAAAAAAAAGCCUUGAGAUUUGCCACCCAGAUGGAACAAGAGGCCGAACAGCUAUUGGAGAAAGAAAAGAAAGAAGCAGAAGAAGAAAAACAGAAAAUUAAGAAAGAAUCAGGAGAAAAGAAAGAAGAAUUCGCUAAAAUGCGGGCUGAUGCCAGAUUUUCCUUCGAUUCAAAAGAUGAGUUGAAAUUGUUGACGAGUGCAAUGCAAUUUAUGGGACAUGUGAUAGGAAAAUUUCAGGAAUUGUCAAAUCGUUUCUGUGUCGUAAAAAAUUACUUUGAUCAAGUCACUUUGCCAAGACUGGAAGAACAAAAAGAUUCUGCCAGUAUCGAAGUCUUCAUUCAACGACAGUUGCAAUUCUGUCAAAACAUCUCCUACACCGCUCAAAUGUACGUCCGAGUAUCGGACAAGUACAUGAUGAAGAGCACCACUCAUGUGCCGUUAGAGCUCACUCUUGCUCUCGGUGAGCAUGAAGAAAACAGACAAUCAUAAUCUCGGACAGCAUGUGAAGAAAUGGCAGUAAGAAAAGAUGUAAAUGGAUGACAAUACUUCAAUCAUCGAGAUGCUCAACAUAAACCCAGAUCUCUUGUUCAGCACGCACUGGAAAGAUUUUCGCUCAAAUUUCUCAUUGUCUGUGUGUUUUCUAUAACUGAUGUGUCCAACGCAAACGAAAAGAUUUUCGCUUACUAUUUUUCUUUUCUUUUCUUUUGAAUUAUCUGUUUUCAAGCCUAUUUGUGUAAUUCUAAACUUCCUUGAAAAGAAAACAAUCAUUUAUACAUUUAUACUCUAUA